AUGAGGAAUAAAAAAAAUUGCAUAUUAAAAUUACAUCACAUAUUAGAUAAAAUAUAUUUGAAAAAUUUUUGCUGCAUAAUAAGUUUAAGACAGGGGACUUUAUUAAUUGCCAUAAUCGAAUUGUCUUUGACAUCAUUCAUGUUAUUUUUACUUUUGCUUGGUAUAACACACGUGCAAGACAUAAUUGAAACCGUCGAAGAUGAUUUGGAACAAUUAGAAGAAAGCAAUUGGGUUGUCGGACAAUUGCAAGGACUAUCCGUAUAUUUUAACAAUAACGAACAGAAAAUGUUGAGUGGUCAAAAUUUGGCAUCGUUGAUGAUGGUUUUGGUUUAUACCGGAUUAAUCGUCACAUGUAUACAUUUUAUUUCGUGCGUUUUAUUAUUAUAUGGCGCCAUUCGAAACAUACCACAAUUUCUUUUACCUUGGACCUUAACCGUUUUGUUUAGCAUCAUAAUCGGAUGUUCAUUUCUUUUCAUAUUGAUAUUCGUUCCCUUACAAGGAUGUAACAUUGGUUUUCACGUUUCCGGAGCUUUUUUACUAACCAUCGAACUUUAUGCAUGGCUCGUAGUAUUCAGUUAUUAUAGAGAACUAAAAACUCAAGAAUGGCGUUUUAUUAAAAAUCAAACGACGUAA